AUGAAGCUCCUAUGCUUGCUGCUCCUUCUCUUUGCGGCUGCGACCUUGGCAAUCGACAUCCGCUUCGGCGGUACUAAAGAUUGCAAGGGUGUUGUCGCGUCGUGCUUGAACCAGGCUCCGAAUCGAUGCUGUUACCUACCCAACGGUCGUCAGAGCAGCCACAUUUCCUUUGGCGCCGUGCCCGGUGAUUGGAAAAUCACCAUGCGGGGCCACGUUGGUAGCAACUGUGACUUGGCCAUCACUGCUGGAGGCGAUAGCUUCGGCUCGGGUGGUAAUCUCCAGGACUACUGCUACUUCGGCGGCUCGCCCGCCUUCAUCGCAUCCGGAGACUAUUUCUUCCGCUCAGAGAAAGUUGAUUCCUCCACAAAUUCUCCCACCGAUGGCUCGCUUGUCAACGGCUUGAUCCUUGAGGACGGCACAGAGUAUCCUCUGGAUGGUCUCGAUGAGGACGCAAUUGCUGAAGCGGUCGAUGCAGCGUUCAAUGGAACCAUUGGCUCAGCUAUCAGGAAGUUCAAGCUGUCCCCGCUUCCGGCGUAGACGUUUCUGGGGUGCUACAGCUUGCGGUUGGGAUCUUCGGCAUGGCUAUUGAUAAUAGACCUGGACAGUGGGCCUGAUACACCUGCAAUUGUUUCAGUUCACAGACUCUUCGAAGCCUACACCCGGUCGUUGGACGAUAUAUUUAGGAACGGUACAUGAAUGGACUGCUUAUCAUGAACAAUACAUGUCCUCUCUUUGGU